UUCACUUCACACUUAUAACAUCGGGUUUUGAAAUGACUUUUUAUGUAUUGUAUGCAAAAUAAAACUUAGUUUAUAUGGUUUGUGAAACGUUACAAAAUUAUAUUAUCGUGAUAAUUAUUACUCAAAGUACACGCUAAAUUAUAAUAUCAUUUUGAUAUUGUAUCUUUAGAGUUUGACUAGUGAAAAUUGCUGUAAGUUGAUACAAACAUAACCUCUAGAGUAUUGUUCAAACGGUUUUUAAAACACAGUUUUUUACGUCAAUGGGGUUGAAAACCUUAUAUUAAAUCAUGAAGGAGCUGGAGGAUACAAACUGCGAAAAUCGCAGAAUUAUCGAACUUCAAUCGUCUAUUUGGGAUCGACUUAGUGCAACAUCAGAAGAUGAACAAUCACCGGGUAAUGGAGCAAAUGAUGCAUUUGAAUCCAUAAAACCGUUGGGUGGCUUUUUAGAUGGAACAAAUCAUGCUUGGUUAAGUUUUGGUAAUCGUUUAAUUGUUCUAAAUGCAAGAACAGGAGAAAGCGUUAGUUCGUGGAAUUUUAGAUAUCGAAUAACAGCUGUUUCUCCAUUUCCAACACAAGCAGGACAACUUCCUUUGCUAUUAAUAGGUCUCGAUAAUGACGCUCAAAAAAUUAAAGACUCUAUUGGUAUGAUUUGUGUCUUCAAUUGCACAACUUCACGUAUUUUAAGAGUCAUACGAGUUCCAUGUGGUGUAGAACAAAUUUGUGUGAUAAGCGGAGGUUCCGAGUGGGAAGAAUUAUGUGAUGAAAAAGUAGCAACAAUUUUUGGAAGUAAUUCAGGUGUGGCGUGUGUUGCUUUACGCAAUUUUGAUUAUCUUAUUAUUGAUCUUCAACGAUCAUCAUGGGACAAUGUGAAUCCUUAUCUUGUAACGGAUGAAUUAUCUCCUUAUGAGAUUGAACUUCCUAAUUCUAAAGGAUCUUCCUCUUCAUCGAGACGUUCUUGUAUUAAAGAGAAACAUUCAGCUUACAGUUUAAUUAAUAGUCGAAUUGAUAAAUAUAUAGGUUUCAAUCGGGAGACGUUUGAGUUGAUGAACCUCCCAGAGGAGAAAUUGACAACGUCGCUAAUAAAUUCAAAGAAAAUAGGAUGCCUAAUAGCAGGUUGCCUUGGACGUGUUAUAUUAUGGCAAAGUGAUGGUUCAAUUGGUUGGAUAAGUCCAAAAUUUGAUGAUAAUAUGUCAGUGAGUCAUUUGGCAUUAAUAGAACCAGUUGAUGAUCCAAGACCAUUUUAUUAUCUCUGGAUAACAUGUGAAGAUGAUUCAGGUGUUGCAGCUCCAGUUCUUCGAAUGUAUGCGAUGCUAUUUGAUAAAAAAUCAUCAUCAUCAUCAUCAGAUAAUGAUGAAAUGAAUUUUAAACUUGAAGGUGAUCCAAGUUUAAAAUUUGAAAUUGAAUUAGAUGAAGGCGAUACAAUUAGUUGUUUAUUACCAAUUGAGAGGGAGAAUAUUAUUGAUCAAAGUGAUAUGUCGUCACGUCGUGGUGAAGAAAGUUUAUUAUUAAUUGGCACAAAUAAUCGUAUGUUAUUAUUUGAUUUAAAUCAAUGGUAUCGUGAACAAAUGCCAUUAACAGCAUCGGAAUGUUCUAAUCAAAAUAGUAUAUUGGCAAGUUAUAGAACUGGUAAUUUGAUGCCAACAUCGGUAAAAGAUUUAAUUGUCAGUACAAUUUAUGUUCCAUCAUCAAUUAAGGAAUUUGUUAAUUGUGGUCCAAAUGUAAUGGAGGAAUUAUUUUUUCCAAAUUCGUUAUCAUUUGAAUGGAUUGAAUUAAGUGUGAGUAAAAUAACAUUUUGGUUGACGAGAGGUGUACAAGCGGAUUUAUUGAGAAAAAUUGUGAUUAUGGGACCUGUUUCAUUAAUUCAACCGAUUGAUUUAUAUCAUCGUUGCAUUGCAGCUGGACUUGUACCAUUUAAUGUUGAAUGUUCGUUUAAUAGCGAUCAUAAUAAACAAAGGGAAAUGUUACUCUCUUUGUGUUUAGAGCAAGGUUGGUCGCAUUUUUUGGUUAAAUGCGCUAAAGAAUGGUCUGAUGGUAGUGCAUCGUAUUUGUUUCCUGCAUUUAUCCGCUGGAGUAUUCAACGUGGUACGUCGAUUAAAAUUUAUGCUGAUCAAUUAAGUGCAUCGCUUUUUGAUCAAUCGGGCACAAAAAUUGGUGAGGCGGAGGCAAAAAUUUUACGAUUUUGUUGUCAACAACUUGAGUGUUUAUCAAUUGUUGUUAAUGAAUUGAAUGGAGAUUCGAUUGAUUUUAUAAGACAACAAAGAGCAUUGAAGAGAGUUGCAAAUUAUUUUCAAGUUCUUCUUUGGUUUCAUGAUAUGGGAUUACUUCCGGAAUUAUUGGAGAGUGAUGAUAGAAUUUGUUAUCCUUAUCAAAGACUCAUGGGAAUGUAUAGAGAAAGAAGGGAGAAAUUAAACGCAAAGAGAAAUAAAGAAGAGGAUUGUCUUUUUAUUGAUAAUUUGAUAAAUCGAGAAUGUUCAUUAUUAAAAUCACAAUGGGAAAAGGAAGGUGUUGACGUUGGUUCUGUGGGUGAAUAUCCAGCGCCUUCUUUACAAUCUCUUAUUCGUUGUUAUUUGGCCGAUUGUCAUGAGGAUGAAUACAUUGAUUUAGAGAAUAAACAUCAAAUUAUUUAUUAUUUUCUCUUGGAUUUAUCAAUGUUUUUAAAAGAUUCAUGUGCAAUUAAAAAUCAACUUAUUAAAUAUCCAGCGGCUUUUAAAUUGAGUCCAAGUCUUAUAAAACUUGUUCAAGCAUUUUGGCUACUUGAUCAUGAGGAUUAUCAAGGUUUUCUCGAUGUUAUCACAAUGGAACUAAUAUUGGAAUCUGAUAUCAAAGAUUGGCAUCAUCAAUUGGUGAUUAAAAAUUUAGUUCAUGAGAAUCAGCAUAAAAUGGCUUUGAUCUAUUUGAGAGUGAGGAAACCACCUUUAAUGUCAGUUGAGGAACAAGAGACGGUAAUUAGUCUUUCCGUUGAAUAUGGUUUGGUACAAUCAGCAUUUCAUUGUCGGCCAUCGUCACAUUAUUCACAACUUCUUAUGAGAUUUUUCCGUGCUUGUAAAAUUUAUGGAAAAUUAGCGGAAAUUUUACAUUUAUCUUUAAAUAAAGAGGAGGAGGAUGCGUUUAUUAAAUUUCUCGAGGAGGACAAAUGCGAGGAGACAAAAUUAAUUUAUUAUCUUCAACGUUCACGUCAUUUGGAAGCGAGUCAAAUUUCAUCAAGUUCACGUUUUGCUCUUCAAUUAAAUGAACCAAUAUCAUUAAAUAUGUUUAAAGCGUACAAUAACACAUUACCCGAUAUUACGAGACGUUUUACUAAUAGUCAAAUGAAAAAAAAUUCCGAUAUUGAUGAUACACGAUAUCCAAGGCCAAUGUCACACGCUAGAAGUUAUAAUAGAGUUCAGGGAAUUUAUGACACUGUGAUUAGAAAGGCAAAGGAGACAUUUAAUCGUGGUGAAAGAAUUCAGGUACCUUUUGUGAGUGCACCUUGUAUGUCAUUGAAAAUUCAUCCACCAAGCAGUGUUGUCAAUUGUGUUCAAUUUAUGGAGAAAAAGAAACGUCCAAUGGAGAGAAAAGAAGAGGAAGAUGAGGAUGACGAUGAAGAAAUUGAAUUGACCGAGACAAAAAGAAUUAAACUUUCUCAGGAACAAUGUAGAAGUUCAAAUAAUCAGAAAAGAGAUCAAAUAAAAUUCAAUAAAAGUUUAGAUAAAUCUACAUUGGGUAUUGAUGCAUUAUUCAACACACCAUUGGUUAAAUGUAAAACAAAAUUCACAAAUCCAAUAGGUACAUCACUUGAAACACCGCAUUCAAUUCUCAAAAUUCGUCAAUUAAUCCGACUUUCUGAUUCGUCGAGUCUUAAUAAUACUCUUAAUGUUGAUUUACCAUCUGAGGCAAUUAGUGAGAAAAAACCAAGACAAAUUCGUUUCAGUGUGAGUCAAUUAAAUGACGAUAGUUUUGAUACAAGUGGCGUUAAGGCAAUUAAUGAUUCUAAAGAAAUAAUUGACGAAGAACCAUCGGAAAUAAGUGAGGAACAUUUCUUUAGUCCAAGUGUCAGUGUACGAUCAGAAGAGAGUUCAAUAUUAUCCGAUACGAGUAUUACUUAUCCUGGACCAAGACCAAGACCAGGAUUACAAAGACGUAGUGCUAAUUUAUCAUUAGCUAAUUUAUCCUCUUUACCUGGAACACCAACAUCACAUUCAAUAUCCAGUAAAGAUGUUUCAAAUUCAAAUGAUAGUUGUAAAAGUUAUCGAACAAAAGAACCACAAUCAAUUUAUUCAUCGCCAAUAUUGUCAGAUUCAAGUUAUGAUGAAAAUUUCAAAACGACACGUAUCACAAAAUCAAUGUCAUUUACAUGUGUCGUGAAAACUGUCGUUGAAGAAAUGGAAAUUGUCAAUGAGAACAAUGAAGAAUUAAAUGACACUGUUGUUGAAGAUGUGAGCAUUGAAGAACUUGAUAUUCCUGUUAGAGAAGAAUCUAACAUUAGUCAUAAAAUGAGUAAAGAAAAUGAUAGAACGAUUGAAAUUAAUUCAGACGACGAAGUUGAAAUUAAUAAUGAAAAAUCGACAAAAGAAGGUGAAAUAAUUAACGGUGAGAAUGUUCAUGAUGAUAGUAAAGUUCAUGAAGAUACAAAUAGAAAUAUUCUUCCUGAAGGAACAAUAAUGGAUCAUUCUCUUGAUAAUGAUGGAAAAGAAUUGGAAGGUGAGAGUUCAGAUGAAUUGGAAAUGUUACCAUUGAAAGAUUAUGAAGACGAUGUUUUUGAAAGUUUAUCAAACAGUACUGCUGUUGAGAAAUCAGUUUCUAAGGAUAUUUCUCAGAAAAUUGAUUUCUCAAAAUUAGAUAAUGAAUCGACAAUGAUUCUCAAUCAAAGUUUAUCAGAUAGUGAAAAAAUUGAUGAAUUUGAAAAAAUAAAUCCACUGGAAGUUGAAUUAAAAUCAGAUGUUUCGAAAUCCGAUUCUGCUUAUUUAAGUAAUUAUAAUACAACAUCCCUUAUUGAGAAUCCAUCGGAAGAAAUAAUAAAUCAAGAAAUUGAAAAAAUUUCAAAACGAAGAGUUUCACUUCGUAAUACGCCAGUUAGAGAAAUUCGAACAAGAAGAGCAUCUUCGAUUGUUAAAGAAAAUCUAAUAACUGAUGAUUCUUCUAAAAUUGAGGAAAUUAAAAAGAAACGAGAGACAAGAUCACAAAAAACUCCAGAAAAUAUUGAUGAAAGCACACGAGAAACAAGAGCACAAAAAGUAAUUUCAUUAUCGAAUAGUAAAAUAAUUACAACUGAUGAGAAAAUUUCCAAAGGUAGGGAAAUAAUACAAAAAACAUUAUUGGCUAGUCAGGAGAAUUUAGAGGAGAGUUCAACAUCAACGCCAAGAAGAUCAAGAAGAGCUUCUUCGGUUACGAAAAUAAUUGACUCCGAUGAAUUGGAAAAGAAAGCCGUUCGAUGUAAAACACCUUUGAGAGAAACUAAACGAAAGAAUGAAGAAUCACAAGUGGAAGAAGUUCGAACAAGACGUGGAAGUUCGUUAGCUAAAGAAAUUUUAUCAUCAACCUUAGAUCAGGGAAAUAAAUCAGGAGGUCGAAAAAUCUCAAUUGAAUCGGAAGUUACACAAGUUACACCAAAACGUGGUCGUCCAAAAAAAAUACAAGAAAUUUCCUCUCAAGAAAUUGAAAAGGAAGUGGAAGAAACAUCACGAGCUGUGAGAAGAAAUACGAGACGAGCGGCAUCAGUGCAAAAGGAUUUGACAUGCAUCGAGGAAAUUGCAUCCAAAACACAAGAGUCAACAAUUUUGGAACCAGUCGAAAUUGACACCACUGAAACAAUUAAAAGAACAACGAGAUCUAGACGAGGAAAUUCCGUCACGAAGGAAGUUCCACUGCCACGAUUAACAAGAGGAGCUUCUCUAACAAAAGAAAUUGUAAAUCCCGAACCAGUGGAAACAGUGAGACAAACAAGAAGACGAGGAAAUUCUGUGCCAAAAGAAAUUUCACUAGUAAAAACGAAACGAUCGUCAGAAAAAAUAAACGAAGAAGCAUCAAAUGAAAAUGAAGAAUCAGAAAUAAAAAUUAAAAAUACAACAGAAGAAAUAAAUAUUCCUCCAACUAGAAAACGAACUCGUUGUCCAUCGGUUCAAUCGAUACCUGAAGAAGUUGAAGAAAUUUUAAAUCUACCAACAAAAAGUAAAUCAACGAGAGCAACAGCUGUUGAGAAGAAAAAAAAGGAAAUUUUACCAAGAUCGAGACGCGCUGCAAGUGUUGAUUUACCAAGUGAAACUAAACGUUAUACACGUAGUACACGAUUAAAAGAAUCUGAUGUGAUUUUAGAGGAGAGUCGAGAGGAGGAAGAAAUGAGAUCGAAUUCACGUGUUGUUAGACAACAUUCCAGAAGGAAAAGAGCAGCUUCUGAAACAAGUGCCGUUGAGGAGAAAAAAGAAGAAGAAUCGAAAGUGGAAAAACCAAGAAGAGGAAGAAAAGCAUCGCAAAAAGAUGAUGCUAGCUCUGAAUUUGCUUUUUCGCCGCCUGAACAAACAUCACCGCCAAAAGAUAAAAAAGGAUUAAGUCAAGUACACAAUUUUGUUUUUUCACCACCGCAUACCAGAUCGAAACAAACAAGCCUCCCUCCUAGCAGAUAUAAAAGUUUCAAACCAAUCUUAACUGAAGUGGAAAUGGAAGAAGAUGCUGAUGAUGAAUUAUCAAGAGCUGUUGUGGAGGAAAAAAAAGAAUUCCAUGAAGAUUGUAAGGAAUCGAGAAAUCCUAUUGUCUGGUUUGUUCCCACAAAAUUAAACUCAAGAAAUAGUUUUACUUUGGGUAAAUCAAAUAAGCGGUAAAAAUAAUAUUCAUUUUUUUUUAUAAAAAAUUAAUUUUUCUAUAAUUUUUAGAAAUAUAAUAUAAAAGAAAAGUCUACAUCAACUGAGUUUUGUUAAUUGAAAAUAAGUAUAAAACAUUAAAUUUACAGAAAAAAUA